AUGGGAUCGCGAUGGACAGACUUGCGAAGGCAGACAGGAAAGAGCAGCAUGCAGCUGCAAGUCGUACGCAUCGGAACACCAAAAACGGAGUUAUUGUUCUGCUGUGAAAGAGGACCAAUCGUUGUUGAAGCGGCAAAGGCCAAUAUGAAGGGUAAGACCGUUAAAGUAGACUGCGGUCGAGUACGUGGACUUUAUAACGUCACUUCAAGAGCAUAUUCGUUCCGAGGAAUUCCCUAUGCCAGUCCUCCAGUUGGCAAUUUGCGUUGGAGACCACCAUUCCCGGUUAACAGCACCAACAAAAACUGCUGGCGCGGACGCCUUAACGCUAGAACAUUUGGCAGCCCGUGUUUGCAGAGAAACCCCCAAUUCACUGCCAACAUGACAAUUGGAAACGAGGAUUGCCUCUAUUCGAACGUCUGGACGCCCUUUCUUAACCCAACGGCAGGAAUUCCGGUAAUGUUCUGGAUACACGGGGGGUGUUUGGUUUUUGGAAACGGAAAUCAGCAGGAUAUUGUUUACGCGCCAACAGAGCAGCUGGCUCGUGACCAUGAUGUUGUCUAUGUCAGCAUCAACUACCGACUGAACGCGUUUGGAUUUAUGUCGCUGGACAUGCUGCGCGUUGGUUUGCAUACUAACACCUCCGGAAAUUACGGGUUCAUGGAUAUGCUAACAGGACUACAUUGGGUGCAAAACAACAUUUGA